AUGGAUUAUAAGACAUUUGAUUUAUGCAUUGAAAUGAGUGCUGAAAUCGAUCUGAAAUGCAAAUACUUGGAGUGUUUGCAAAUUAAUAACUCUGUCCUCAAUUCUCGACUCACAUCACGACAAUGGAUACAAAUCGGAGAAAUAUUGUCCGAUAAUUUGAUCCAUAUGUCAAUCAAUUCGGUGACAAAUCCGGAGAAGUUGUCUGAAUUUGGUCUCAUUUAUUUGGUUCAGAACUUUACAAAACUCGAAGAGUUUAGUUUCGAUGUCAACGAUAUGCCAAUCGAUAAGAUAUUUACUUAUUUUGGUCCAAAUCUGAAGACUUUAAAGCUUAACAAAUGUUACAAAUACAGAGUCAGUCAAAACACGUUUAAUAUUUUAAGACAAAGUGCGGUAAACUUGGAAACGCUGGAAGUGGAGGGCUAUGACAUCGAAACACUUGAUCUCAUAUGCAAUACGUUUCACGAAUUGAAAUCAUUGAAUAUGUUUUUCUUCAGUUCGUGGCUUAAUAUGGAUUCGUUGUCCCAAUUGUCACAAAUGCCUCAUUUGGAGCGCUUGAAGAUC